AUGCCUGGCUCUCUAAGUGAUAUUACUGUUCUUGAUAGGUCGCCUUUAUUUGCUGAAUUAACUAGAGGACGUGCCCCUACUGCCAAUUACACCAUCAAUAAUCACGCGUACACCAUGGGGUAUUAUCUUGCAGAUGGUAUCUAUCCUCGUUGGGCAACGAUUAUGAAAACAAUAUCUCAACCUCAAGGCGCAAAGAGACAACUAGUUGCAAGGAUGCAAGAGGCAUGUCGGAAAGAUAUCGAAAGGGCAUUUGGGGUGCUCCAAGCACGAUUUAAUAUUGUCAGAGUUCCAGCUAGAGGUUGGAGUGAUGAGUAUAUGUACUACAUCAUGAAGACGUGCAUUAUUUUGCACAAUAUGAUCAUUGAAGACGAGCGUGAUAUUCUAGAAAAUGAACGCAAUGCAGCACAACUUCAGAUUGAUACCAGUAAUACCCGUUGUCAAGUGUCACGCGAUCCGAAUGAGGAGUAUGCUCAAUUUAUGUUAAACAGUCAGAGGAUUAGAUCUACUGAAGCCCAUAGUGCAAUUCGUAAUGAUCUAAUUGAACACUUGUGGUCCCGAGCUGGAGAGUAG